AUGAAGCAGGAAAGGUACGAUAUCCAUUGUGAUAGUCAGAGCGCUAUGGAUUUGAGUAAGAAUGUGAUGUACCACUCUCGCACGAAGCACAUUGAUGUCAAAUAUCAUUGGCUACAUCAAGCAGUGGAAGAACAACAGUUCAAGUUGGAAAAGAUUCACACUGACGAUAACCCUGCUGACAUGAUGACGAAAGUUGUAACAGGAGGAAAGCUUCAGCUUUGUGCUGAGUUGAUCGGCAUGGAAUGCAUAGUGAAAGAUCUGAUUAUGGCUGGAGGGAGGCACUGGGAUAGCAUGCUUGUUAGAUCCUUGUUUGCACCUGAGGCAGCUGAUGAAAUCCUCAAGAUCAGUUCUUUAAUCCCCAGGUUUGAUGAUGUCUGGCAAUAUGAUCUGUUGGUUAAUGGGAAGUUCUCUGUCAGACAGACUUAUGGUAAACUCUUGGCUAGGAAGUUGAGGGGGGGGGGCAGUGGCUGA